CAUGACGUCGCCCCAUAGUGAAGCGAAUGUUACAGUUCGCGGGUACGCGCGUCCCUCCCUUCCCCUCCUCCCCUUCUGCUCCGUGACUCCCUUACUUCCGCUUCUCUGAUGGCUCAGACGGCGGCGGUGGCGACGGCCCUAGGGUCCGGUGCUGGAGACAAACCUUGGUUAUGGAGGCCAGAGUGAGAGUUUUCAUCUAAAGUAGUGGGCUCAGGUUUACUUUGACAGACCAAAUAGGAGCAAAUACAUCGCCCGACUGAGAGUAGUUUGGAAGUAGGAUUUUAUUUAUUUAUUUAUUUUUUUUUCUUGCAAGUGGGUUGAAACUUCAAUCUGAGCCACAGUGAACGCUUUUAAUUAUGAUCUGUGCUAUGCACAUAACUAAAUGAAACCGUAGUGGCAUAGAAGACAUGAGUUUGCAUCGCCAGAUGGGUUCAGAUCGGGACCUACAGUCGUCUACUUCCUCUGUCAGCCUUCCCCCUGUGAAAAAGGCACCAAAGAAACGGAGGAUGCCAUGGGGAUCUAUAUUCCGCAAGAAAAAGGACCCAAAACGCAAAUCAAGGGAUCUGAGCGUUGGCGUAGAUGGGAUUGCAAGCAUAGAAAGCAUUCACUCGGAGAUGUGCACGGACAAGAACAACAUAUUUGCUGCUGUUUUGAACUCUUCUGAGAACGGAGUCAUUGCCUCUGCCAGCAAGCAGAAUGGAGACUUUAUGGAGUGUCCCUUGUGCCUUUUACGGUACUCAAAGGACAAGUUCCCCGAAAUAAUGACCUGCCAUCACAGGUCGUGCGCAGAUUGCUUGCGCCAGUACUUAAGGAUAGAAAUUUCUGAAAGCAGGGUCAACAUCAGUUGCCCAGAAUGCUCUGAACGCUUUAACCCUUAUGACAUCCGCUUAAUACUAAAUGAUGAUGUGCUGAUGGAGAAGUACGAGGAGUUCAUGCUCAGGAGGUGGCUUGUUGCAGAUCCUGAUUGCCGGUGGUGUCCAGCUCCAGACUGUGGGUUUGCCGUGAUUGCCUUUGGCUGUGCCAGCUGUCCAAAGUUAACCUGUGGCCGAGACGGUUGUGGGACGGAGUUCUGCUAUCACUGUAAACAGAUCUGGCAUCCAAACCAAACAUGCGACGCUGCGCGCCAAGAGCGAGCCCAGAGCUUGCGCUUGAGGACAAUCCGCUCUUCUUCUAUAAGUUAUAGCCAGGAAUCUGGAGCUGCAGCGGAUGACAUUAAGCCUUGCCCUCGCUGUGCUGCCUACAUCAUCAAGAUGAACGACGGGAGCUGUAACCACAUGACGUGCGCUGUGUGCGGCUGUGAGUUCUGCUGGCUCUGCAUGAAGGAAAUCUCAGACCUACAUUAUCUCAGUCCUUCUGGAUGCACAUUUUGGGGGAAGAAGCCAUGGAGCAGAAAGAAAAAGAUCCUCUGGCAACUAGGAACCCUGGUGGGGGCACCGGUGGGCAUAGCACUGAUAGCUGGAAUUGCCAUUCCUGCCAUGAUAAUUGGCAUCCCUGUAUAUGUGGGACGAAAGAUUCACAAUCGUUACGAAGGCAAAGACAUUUCAAAGCACAAGAGGAAUCUGGCCAUCGCAGGUGGUGUCACCUUGUCUGUCAUUGUGUCGCCAGUUGUGGCAGCAGUAACUGUCGGUAUCGGUGUUCCGAUUAUGUUAGCCUAUGUCUAUGGAGUGGUCCCCAUCUCACUGUGCCGAAGUGGCGGCUGCGGGGUUUCUGCUGGCACCGGCAAAGGAGUCCGGAUUGAAUUUGAUGAUGAGAAUGAUAUCAAUGUCGGUGGCACAAAUACCGCUACAGAUGCCACGUCCGUUGCAGAAGCGCGCAACAACCCCAGCAUCGGAGAAGGAAGUGUAGGUGCCAUGACGGGCAGCUUGAGUGCCAGUGGGAGUCACUUGGAAAGAAUUGGAACCAUCCGGGAUAACCUUAGCGAAACUGCUAGCACCAUGGCACUGGCUGGGGCCAGCAUCACCGGCAGCCUGUCCGGAAGUGCUAUGGUGAAUUGCUUUAAUAGGCUGGAAGUGCAAGCAGACGUACAGAAGGAAAGAUACAGUCUGAGCGGAGAAUCCGGAACUGUGAGCUUAGGAACCAUUAGUGACAACGCCAGUACCAAGGCAAUGGCUGGCUCCAUCCUGAAUUCCUACAUCCCAUUGGACAGGGAUGGCAACAGUAUGGAGGUGCAGGUGGAUAUUGAGUCCAAGCCAGCCAAGUUCAGGCACAACAGUGGAAGCAGCAGCGUGGAUGAUGGCAGUGCCCCAAGUCGCAGUAAUGCUGGCGGCUCCACUGCUUGCCUGACUGAGAGCAAAGGCAGCGCCACCAAAUGGUCCAAAGAAGCCACUGCGGGUAAAAAAUGCAAAGGGAAACUGAGGAAAAAAAGCAGCACAAAGAUAAACGAGACGAGGGAGGAUAUGGACGCUCAGCUGCUGGAGAAGCAAAGCACAAAUUCCAGUGAAUUUGACUCGCCGUCCCUGAGUGACAGCAUCCCAUCAGUGGCCGACUCCCACUGCAGCCAUUUCUCUGAAUUCAGCUGCUCCGAUAUGGAAAGCAUGAAAACAUCCUGCAGCCACGGCUCCAAUGACUACCACUCACGCUUCGCCACCGUCAGUCCCCUCCCAGAGGUAGAGAACGACCGCCUGGAGAACUCGCCACACCAGGGUGCUAUGGUUACGGUGGCACCACCGGCCCAGUGCGCAGAUGUCUCCCAGCUGGGUUACAUAGCAGAGGAGAACCUGUCUCCGAAUGUCUCGAGCAGAGACGAGGAGGCUGGGGCAACACAGUUGGAAGGACACCGUGCAAUCCAGACAGAUAUCUAGCGCUCUCAUUGCUGCAAUACUUCUCACCACUAGCCAGCCCUGCUCACACGAAAGCUUUGCCUCAGCUCGGCUGCAGCCAUUAAACGGAGCAAGCGGACUGUAUCAGGCACCUUCCACUGUUAUGGUUCUUGCAAUGCAGUUUUAUUUAAGGACGAAAAAGGUCCCUUUUUCCAAAUUCUGCUCUUUUGCACCUGGAACCGACACCCAAUAUGGUGAACACGGUUCCAUCGAUGACAAGAUUGUGAUGCGUCGGCUUGCGUUCACCAUACGCCAGGACUCUUUAUCAUAGCGAGAUUCACUCGCUAAUGCUGGGGUUACCUUCAUUCCACGGGAUUGUUUUGUUUUUAUUCAGUUGCUACUAGAGGGUUAUGCAAUGUACACGAAACGCGCCUCUCUCGGCCAGGAGACACCAAGCCCCACAGAGCAGGGUUGCGGUUAUUCUUUUGUUUUUGCACAACUUGUUGAAAGGGCAGCUGGUACAAAAAGUAUUAACCAAGUUAGGGCAUCACUUGGGCUCACUGUGUUCAGUAUCGUCACAGAGUGACAGCCACUUGGCAGCAUUCUAGCAGGGCAGACUGGGUCACCUAUGGGAUAAGACCACCCUCUGUCGAUUAUCGGUGCCUUUAAACAAAGACUGGGUCGUAAGUGCCUGGUCCUUUAAUGCUGGUUUUCCUUGAAGUCCUCUCUGGCCACCUGAGGGCUGGGACACUGGGCAGAUCAGUGACUGUGCUAGAAUCUAGAUUUAUGUGAUAUUAAUGCAACUGUAUUCGCCUACCAAAGACUCACUCAGGCUUCAGAGGAAAUCUAACAACAUCUUCCCCACCCUGCAAAUGACUUCUCCGAUAGUAAUACAAAGCACAGUGCAGAUCAUGCACCCGUUGGCUGAUUCACGGCGGAUAAGGAAUCAUUUGUUUAUGCUUCUAGCUUACCCAAAUAAGCGCUAAUAUGGAGGGGUCAGAGCACCAGGACUGUCCAUCUUUGCAAUGGGUUUCCCUUUAAUGAUGCAAAAACAAAAGUUGUCGGUAUGGAAACAGUCUCAUCCUGUUCCCUCAGUCUUGCCAAGAUGGUGCUACUUGAAUGUUCCCGAGUGAUUAAAGUUUAUUGCCAUGUUCCGCAGGCCUAAUCCGUGAUUCUUCUUACCAGUUUAACCUGCUUAUAACACUAGUGCCAGACCUAUUGGACAGAGCUUGUUCUCGUAUUUGUAUAUUUGUUUGCAAUAUUUUGCUGAAUAAUAUGCGUGUAUACUGCAUACCCGAAUAAAUGUCUAAGUGCUAAG